UCUCGCCCUCUUCUAACAUGUUUUAUCUAUUUCCCGCAGCCUAAGAAACCGCAGCGAGUCAAGGUGGAGGGACUUCUAGACACGGGGGCGGAUGUUACAAUCAUAGCCUCCAGGGUCUGGCCGCAUGGAUGGCCAGCCCAAACCGCGCACGUUUCAGUCAGUGGCGUGGGGGGAACCCAAUACCCCGUCAGGAGCAGGGAGGUACUUACCAUCUAUGGGCCAGAGGGCAGACCGGCGACACUCCAACCGUAUGUAUUAAAUAUACCAGUUACACUUUGGGGACGGGACGCGAUGGAGCAGUGGGAACUCAAGUUAGGGACCCUGUCUCCAGAAGAAAAUUUUUAGGAGGGGUCACUGAAGUACAGCAGCUCCCCAGACUGAGCUGGAAAACAGAUACACCAGUCUGGGUUGAUCAGUGGCCCCUACCUACCAAAAAGCUGCAAAUUCUAAACGAUUUGGUUAAUCAGGAACUAACAAAAGGACACUUGGAGUCUUCCACCAGUCCCUGGAACACUCCAGUGUUCGUAAUCCAAAAAUCCUCAGGUUCCUGGAGAUUUCUCCAGGACCUGCGAAAAGUAAAUGAGGUCCUAGAACCAAUGGGAGCCCUCCAGCAGGGAAUGCCCUCACCAUCUAUGCUCCCUGCUGAAUGGCCCCUAGUGGUCAUUGACAUUAAGGACUGUUUCUUUCACAUUUUUCUUAAUCCGGCUGAUUCGGUCAGAUUCGCUUUUUCAGUCCCUGCAGUCAACGCUUGUGAGCCUCAUCGCAGGUUCCAGUGGCGCGUGCUUCCUCAGGGGAUGAAAAAUUCCCCAACACUCUGCCAGAUGUUCGUGGCAGAGGUGUUGAGACCCGUUCGGCAGAGGUACCCGCAGUCAAUCAUCUUCCAUUAUAUGGAUGAUGUAUUGAUUUGCGCAAAAACUCAAUUGGCAGUAAAUGAGACUCUAAAUUCGACAAUUAAGGCCCUAAAGAAUAAAGGAUUGGAGAUAUCCCCUGAAAAGGUACAAAGGGAAGUACCGUGGAGGUAUCUUGGACUUCAAAUUGCUUCCAAAACUAUUAAACCUCAAUCAGUUUCAAUUGACAAGAAAGUCCGAACUUUAAACGACCUCCAGAAGCUACUAGGAGCCAUUAAUUGGAUCAGGCCUGUGUUAGGGAUCACAACUGGAGAAUUGCACCCCCUUUUUGAGCUGUUGAAAGGAGACGCUGAUCUGUCCUCUCCCAGAAUUUUAACAUCAGAUGCGGUAAAAGCCCUUACCACUGUCGAAAAGAAAAUAACGCAGAGGCAAACAUUUAGGAGGAUGGAGGGACUGCCAUCCUCCUUAGUCAUACUUAGAGAACAACGUCAACCCUUGGCCCUCCUGGGACAAUUUACAAGCGACUACAAAGACUUUUGUUUAUGGGAGUGGAUGUUCCUCCCUCAUCAAUUUGGCAAAACUAUCACCACAAUAGUUGAAAUGAUUGGCAAAAUAAUAUCCAAAGGUCGCACUAGGUGUUUAGAGCUCAGUGGGGAAGAACCAAAUUUCAUCUACCUCCCACUGACCUCUGAACAUCUAGAUCAACUGCUGCAAAAUUCUAUUGAUUUUCAGAUCGCCAUCGGGGGCUACCCGGGAGAAAUCAAGCUACACCUCCCGGCUUGCCCAUUUAUACAAAGAUUGGUUCAAAUUCCAAUAAAAUUGAAAAUUAUGCAAUCAGAAAUUCCCAUCAAAAAUGCCAAAACAGUUUUUACCGAUGGCUCGGGGAGGACAGGAAAUGCAGUGCUGGUAUGGAAAGAAAAAGAUAAUUGGCAUCAAGAUAUUCAUAAGGUACAAGUUGGCAUCAAG